AAACGAAGUUAUGUUUUAGUCAGCUUUGAAUUGAUAUUUAAUCAGCUGAUAAUAGCUUUAUAAAUAAUAUUGCUCCAGACAACGAGAAGAUUUGUUUUCGAUAAACAUUAAAUUUACAAGGUAUUUCUCAAUUGUUUGUCUUGUAAUUACAUGAAAAUGGAAACACCCCACGAGAACUCCUCUGCAUCCAGCGAAGGAACCGAGAAGUUGACUAUAGCUUUCACAGAGUCGGCUCGCAUGUCUAGUUCUGAAUCGAGUUCUUUAGAGUCCACGUCGUCUUCAGAGAGUUCCAGCUCUUACAGUUCAGGCUCAUGGACAUCUCAGAUCAGCAUGACGAGCGUGUACUCUAUGUUAGAAGAUAUGAACAGGAAGGACAUUACUACUGGGUACAUGCCGGUGUGGCGCUCCAUGUCCUUCACGGAAGGAACUAAAGUACGCGCACUCGAGUACUUCCGGUUACAUUCCAUAUAUCAAUUCUUCUCCUUCUUGAUGUCUCAGCUACUCGUCAACGCUCCUCCUGAACCCAUCCCUUUCCUGGUGUCUCUCCUGGAUCACUGCCUCCAGUAUCGAGAUGGUGGCGGCAACCCUCCUCUUCUGUUCGAGAACCGCCACGUCCAGAACUUGUACACCGCCUUGGAUCCCCUGGAAGACGGCCACAUCACCUACAAACAGUAUCUGGUCGGCAUGAAAACCCUGGGGCUCACCAAGUUUGAGAUCUGGCCUGUCAGCAAGAUAACUCUUGAUGCGUCUAUCGAUAAGAGUACGUUCAUUUUUGAGGCUGAAAAAGCACUUUUGAACCAGUUGGACCGGUUGUUGGGUAAACACCGACAGACACAUCUCACGAUAAAUGUUACGGAGAUAGUAGUGAAAAUAGUGUACAUAGUGAUCAAAAUGGAGAAGAAGUUGAUACAGAUUCAGAAAAGAUGGCGGAUCAAAAAGAAGAAGAAGAAGGAAAUGAAUUUCAGGAGCAAACAUCUAUUUGAAUGAGAUCAAUUCUUAAUAUAGACGCAAAACUUUGCUAUCAAUGGAGACAUUCCCGUGAAAUUUAAAUAAUAAAAAAAAUAAAAAAUACCCAUCGAAUGCCAUAGAUUUAAAACUAUAACAUUACACAUCUUUGGUUCAGUUGUUUAUUUAUAUAAUAUUUCUGAUAUAACUUUUAAGAAAAAUUUUUCAUUAUUAAUUUUUUAAUAAUCUCUCUCAGAUUGUAAAUAGUUCAGUGUAUUAAACUAAACUACAUAAACAACGAGGUUAUGGAUCAUUCGGUGCAUGGUUUUUACAGUACUUAAGUAUUUAUACAAACAUACUGUUUUUAAACGUAAUCAAAAUAAAAUUUGUAGACAUAGUAAAAAGUGAAAACUUUUAAAGUUUUAUUUCUGGUGUCUUAGAGUGUAUAUUAGCUACUUUCUUUAUGGAAAAAUGUGUUUUCUUUAUCAUCUCCGACCUGUCGUAAGAUAGCCGUGUGUUGAGGGCUGAUAAGUCGUAAAAUGAACAAAACCAGGGCCUCACAAAAUGAGUCUUAAAAUUUUCCCAAUUUAUCGUAAAGAGUUGUUCGCUUACUUGUGUGAUAUCCGUUACUCAGCUGACUUUGGCCACACAGCGUUCGGCAAUUCUCGUUGCAAACACAACUGUUAACGCAUGCUCAGUCGAUUUAGUGUCAUGACCUCUUUUAUCUGCAACUCACGUCUGAGUUCCACAGCACAGAAUGGAUGGAGAUGGUAAUAAAAUAUCUUUUGUCGUAAGCUGCAUUCUAUUCUGCUAAGCAUUUUUAUUUAAUUAGCUAAGAUGUUUCAAAUGUGUUGCUUUUAUUAGAAAGCCACAAAUAAAUCUUAUUUGAUCAAAACUAGUUGUAUUUGUUGAUGGAUAUACAUGUUUAACACUUUUAUAGGUGGGAGAUUAGUUCGUGCUAUAUCAAUUAGAAUGAAAAUAUAACUUUCAUAAACAUCAUAAUCAUUAGUGUCCACUUCCAUUAAGUAAAAGUAAUUGGUACUAUAUAAGACGUGACAUGUUCAUUGAUGCAGUUUGUAAUUCCAUGUCAAAACAUAUUACUGUAUAUAUAGUCAAUGAAGUUGCUGCAAAGAAUGAAAAUAAUAAUUAUAGAGCAUUGUAAUGGAUAAUACCUAUAAUAUACAUGUUAUAAAAUACCUUUAAUUGUAACGACUUCAAUAGGUUUAUUUGAGACAUGCAGGUAUUCUGUAUAUCUGCCUUCAGUCAACAGAAGUAGCUUCCACGGUGAGACUGUAAUACUUCAAGAAUGUAAUAAUUUGAGUAUUGUUUCAAAACGCUGUGAACCGGAACACUUAUUACAUUCAAAUUGAGGUCAGUAAGUAUUAUAUUUAAAUGUAUUG